AUGCAAGAAAUCAUUGAUCAAUUUGCUAUUGACAAAGAAAAGUUAGAAAUUAUUGUUCAAAGAAUGAGUGAGGAAUUAACUAAUGGACUUCAAGAUAAACCAAGUACUCUUAAAAUGCUUCCAUCUUAUGCUCCUAUUCCUACUGGAAAAGAAGUU